AUGAUGGAAUCCCGCUUUAGUGCCCCCAUGCCUGCCGAGUACGGCCCGCGCACGCAACACGGCCGAGGAUGGUCUCCCUACACCGACAAUGGAGGCACCACCCUCGCCCUCCACGGUAAGGACUUUUGCGUGGUGGCCGCCGACACUCGCCUCAGCACGGGCUACUCCAUCCAUUCCAGGGAGGCGCGCAAGGUCCUCAAAUUGACGGACAAGUGCGUCAUCGCCACGGCGGGCAUGCAAGCUGACCAGCUUGCGCUUCACAAGCUGCUGCAGACCCGCCUGCAGUGGUACGAGCACCAGCACAGGAAGCCCAUGAGCACUCCCGCCAUCGCGCAGAUGCUCGCCACCAUCCUCUACAGCAAGCGCUUCUUCCCCUUCUACACCUUCAACGUGCUCGGCGGCGUCGACGACAACGGUGUUGGAUGUGUGUACAGCUACGAUGCCGUGGGUUCGUUCGAGCGUGUCAAGUACUCUUCGUCGGGUACCGGCAACCAGCUCGUGCAGCCUCUGCUCGACAACCAGAUCGGAUGGAAGGACCAGAGGGCGACCAAGACCAAGCCCGAGCUGAACGUGGAGGAGACGGUGGACUUUGUGCGGGACAUCUUCACCUCGGCCGGCGAGAGGGACAUCUACACGGGCGACUACGUGCUCAUCGCCGUCAUCGACAAGGACGGCGUCAAGGAGAUGAAGUUUGAUCUCAAGCAGGAUUAA